GCAGAGAAAGCCGUUGGUCGUGCGGCAGUUUUGAGUUCCUCUGCGAUCCUCCCCAUCAUCAACCUCCAUCGAGAGCCAACUUCUCUGCCGUCCGAUCCAGCGAUUAAACCACAGCGAUGGUCAGUCCGUUCAUCCCUCUAGAAUCCAACCCGGACGUACUCAACCGUCUCGCGAGCUCACUCGGCCUCGCGAGCCCAGUCUCGUUCCACGACGUCUAUUCGCUCGACGACGAGUCGCUUCUCUCGUUCAUCCCGCGCCCCGCGCUCGCGCUCUUGCUCGUCUUCCCGAUCUCGGCCGCGUAUGAGGCGUAUAAAGACAGCGAGGAUGCCGCGAGACCGGUAUAUGAACCCUCCCCGGACGAUGGGGUGAUUUGGUUGAAGCAAACAAUAGGAAACGCAUGCGGCACCUACGCCGUCCUGCACGCGCUCUUAAACGCCCCUUCUCUCACAUUCACGCCCUCCUCCCUCCUCGCGACCUACAAACACGACCUCCCCCCGCUCUCCCUACCCGCGCGGACAGCCUACAUCGAGUCCUCGACCGCUCUCCGCACACAGCACGCCGCCGUAGCGUCCGACGGCGAGACCGCGGCCCCGGCCGCAGAAGACGACACGAAUCUGCAUUUCGUGGCAUUUGUCAAGACGCAGGAUGGCGUGCUUUACGAGCUUGAUGGGAGACGCAAGGGGCCGAUUGAGCGCGCGAGGUUGGCGGAGGACGAGGACGUGUUGUCGGAGAAGGCGACGGGGUUUGUGAAGCUGUUUAUGGAGAGAGAGGCGAGUGCUGCGAAGGAGGAGGAGGGGUCGGGGUCGUAUUUGCAGUUUUCGUUGGUUGCGUUGGCGCCUAGCUUUGAUUGAUGUCUUGAUUCCUGCUACUUGCUACUUGAGAAGAAAAAUCUGAAUUAUAUAUA